AUGCCACCGUGGUCGCUGAUCUCACCGGCCUCUCGGGGCAUAGGCUUCGCGCUCGCAAGACGUGUGUUGCAAACUACGAACGCGCCCGUUGUUACAACGGCCCGAAAGGAUCUUGACAAGACCAAGGAGGAGUUACUCGAUGGCUUGGGUGUUGACGAGAAGCGGCUGACGGUGUUGAAGUUGGAUGUUCUGGACGAGACGACUAUUGCAGAUGCAGCAGCAGCCUGCAAGAAGCAGUUCGGUGAUGGCCCUCAUCAACUUCAACUAGCCUUGAUGGUACCUGGGAUCCUUUUCCCGGAGAAGUCGCCUGCCCAGAUUGAUGCUGACGACGCGUUGUUAACCUUUCGCACCAAUACACUAGGUCCAAUGCUAAUGCUCAAGCACUUUUCCCCCUUCCUUCCAAGGAAGAGUGCAGUUGUCGACAAAGAUGAAGAGGGCAUGACAGGCUUACCAGAUGUAGCUACAAUGGCUAUCAUGUCAGCUCGGGUUGGUAGCAUCAGCGACAACCGUCUAGGAGGAUGGUACAGCUACCGCGCAUCAAAAGCUGGUGUCAAUCAGGUGGUCAAAACCUUUGAUAACCACCUAAGGACUGCAUCUGGCGAUAACGCGAUGGCGGUUGCCUUACAUCCGGGAACCGUCAAAACGGGUCUGAGCAAGGACUUCUGGAGCAACGUCAAGAAGGAAAAGCUAUUCGAGCGCGAUUGGGUUGCAGAGAGGUUAAUUGAUGUGAUUAGGCAAGUGGCGCCUGAAGGACGAGGGAAGUGCUGGGACUGGAAUGGGAAGGAAGUGCCACCUUGA